CUAUUGGCUCUCAGCUCUGACCAGGGACCAAUCACAGGCCGUGGUUGGUCAUAAAGCUGCAUCUGUCGAUGUGUUUUAGGGUUUUUUGGUUUAUUCCAGCGGCUCCUCGCUGGUGGACGGACUCCUGUGGGACCUGUCCGAGCAUUUUGGAUCCCAUCAGGGUUUCACCAUGGCCCCCCUGUCCUUCCAGUCCGGGGUGGAAUACGCCAAAACGCUGCUGCCGGAGACUCUGGUGAGGUCCGUGUCUACAGUCCAGUCCACCAUCUCUCGCCACAUCCUGCCCUCGGCUCAGUCUCGCUGCUUCAAGGUCUGCACUCAGAGCCGGCGGCGGCGCCGAGGUUUGGUGGCGUCUUCUCUGGACGAGCUGCUGGAGCAGGCGGCGACCGUCUUCAUGUUGUCCUGCCACUUCCUGACUCUGGUCCUGGAGGAGGACGGGACUGAGGUGGACUCGGAGGAGUUCUUCCAGUCUCUGCCCAGCAACACGGUGCUGAUGGUGCUGGAUAAAGGAGAGAUGUGGACCCCGAACAAGAGCUUCCCGAGCUUCCGGCAGCCCAAGAGGAACGGGAUCGCUAAACUGACCUUCGACCUCUACAAGCUGCACCCUAAAGACUUCCUGUGCUGCCUCGCAGUCAAGGCCUCUCUGUACGAGAUGUACUCGCUGUCCUACGACUUCAGAUGCACCAGGAUCAAACACGUCCUCAAGUCGGUGCUGCGCUGCAUCGUCUCUCUGACCAGACUCACCGGACAACUGCUGCUCUGCACGUCCUCAUCGCUGCUGCAGUUCAGCGGAGACGACGACCGCUAGAGUCCUAGAGCCCCAGAGUCUGGUUCUGGAGUCUGGGUCUGGUUCUAGAGUCUGGAUCUAGAGUCUGGGUCUAGAGUCUGGUUCUGGAGUCCUAGAGCGCCAGAGACUGGUUCCAGAGUCUGGUUCUGGAGUCUGGUUCUGGAGUCUGGUUCCGGAGUCUGGGUCUGGACUCUGGAUGCUGAGGACUGACUGGACUCGACACUGAACACGUUCUGUUCGUCUCUUUUCAGUCCGAAUCUGUAUUUUAUUGCUCAUUUAAACAGUGGCUCUGUUUCUUUUAGCUGUGAUUCCAGUCGUGUGGUGAUUUAUGUUUAAUGAGUGAAAGUGAAACGUUUGUAGACUGUUAAUGUGAUUUAUGUGUAAAUCAGAUAUUUCUUAAAAAAUAAAGAUUCUCCGAGGGUUUGAUGUUCAA